CUCAGGCCACCAGUCUGGCUGACUCCAGGUCCCCAUCUCCAGGCAUGGCGCUGCCUUGGGCCCUCACUGUCCUGAGCCUCCUCCCUCUGCUGGCCACCCAGGACCCAGAAUGCGCCAUCCUGAAGCCAGCCCCUAUCACCAACGCCACCCUGGAGCAGCUCUCUGGCAAAUGGUUCUUCCUCGCCUCUGCCUUCCGCAACCCCAUGUACAAGGAGGCAAUUAAAACAAUCCAGGCAUCCUUCUUUUUCCUGAGCCCCAACGUGACGACAGACGAGAUCCUUCUCAGACAGUACCAAACCAUUCGGGGUCAGUGCAUCUAUAACUCCACCAGCCUGUGGGUUCAGCGAGAGAACAGGACCCUCUCCAGACUAGGUAAGGGUUCACUCUCAGACUGAGGCUCCCAAAUCAGG